UGUGCAAUAUGGAUUUUAGCUGGAAUUCUUGGCUCUGAUAAGUUCUGAUGUGUCAAAAGUUCAUCUGAUGUGUAUAUGCACUUUGUAGGCUAUAUUCCAAAGAUUAAUUUCCCAAUUUAUAUAGACCACAUGUUUAGUUUAUUCCAUCACACUUUUAGAACACAUCACCUGCGCUGUGGGACUGGGACAUUCGCCCCUGCAGCUCGGAGUGGUCCAGAAACAGGACGUUCAAGGCUACAGAGCGGCUGUCCGUAGAGCCAAGGAAGAACGCUACACAGCCACACCUGAAAUAGCCCGCUGCUCUCACAAGAGACGCUUGUUUGACUAGCAGCAAUAAGAAGAAGCAACUUCGAGAUUUUUUUUUCAUGUGUCCAUUUCUUGUUCCUGCGCUAGCUACGUGGUUCUUCCCAUUACUCAUUCGCAACUGGACGGUGUCAAAAUCACCUCGUCGCACCGCUGGAAACUUUAUAAGUGAGCAGACCCCCGGUGUAGUGACAGAAGAUGCUUCCUGUGCUGAUCUGUGCCCUGGUCUCUCUGAGCUUGGCCGACAACUUUGACACAGCAUACCCUGAACUGGAGCACUACAGAACCAUCUAUGUACAAGAGAAUGGCCCUCAGCUCUCUGUGGUGACGGAGCAGUCCAAGGUGGUGUCGAGGCGGGGAGGUAAUGCCACCCUGCCCUGUAAGUUCCACAGGGAUGUGUCACUGCCAGCCAACCCCAAACUGAGGAUCAAAUGGACCAAGCUGACAUCAGACUACCUCAAAGAGGUGGAUGUCUUCGUUGCCAUGGGUUUCCACAAGCGGAGCUAUGGACAUUUCCAUGGACGUGUCUACCUACUGGACUCGGCCCCCGCGGAUGCGUCGUUGGUCAUCACAGAACUCACACUGGAGGAUUAUGGGAGAUAUAAGUGUGAGGUCAUCGACGGGUUGGAAGAUGGAACGGCCGUGGUGUCUCUGGACCUGCAAGGUAUCGUCUACCCAUACUUCCCUCGGCUGGGUCGUUACAACCUGAACUUCUUUGAUGCUGAGCGGGCGUGUCGCGAGCAGGACUCCAUCGUGGCGUCAUUUGACCAGCUGUAUGAGGCAUGGCGUGGGGGUUUGGACUGGUGCAACGCGGGGUGGCUGAGUGAUGGAUCUGUCCAGUAUCCCAUCACCACCCCCAGGGAACCCUGUGGGGGCAAGAACACUGUCCCCGGGGUACGCAACUACGGCCUCAGAGACAAGGAGAAGAACAGAUACGACGUGUUCUGUUUCACCUCCAACUACAAAGGGCGGUUCUACUACCUGAUCCACCCCUCCAAGCUGACAUAUGACGAGGCUGUGCGUGCGUGUCAGAAGGACGGAGCUCAGAUCGCCAAGGUGGGCCAGAUGUAUGCCGCCUGGAAGCUAUUGGGCUACGACCGCUGUGACGCCGGCUGGUUGGCUGACGGGAGCGUCCGUUACCCCAUCACCCGCCCCCGUAGGCGAUGCAGCCCAACGGAAGCUGCCGUGAGGUUCAACGGCUACCCUGACAAGAAACACAAGCUGUACGGAGUCUACUGCUUCAAGGGCCACAACUGAGAACCCCAAUACGCUCACACACACACAUACUAGAGAAGCUAAUACAUUUACAGAGUAGGAGGGAGAGGAGGAUGGGAAGAGGAGUUACGAGAGAGGGAGGUCAUAUAGGGGAAAUUACUGAUAUAAAAAAAAUAAUUAAAAAAACGUUCAAACUGUGAUUUUUUCUUUUCAGAUACAGUAAAACGAGAGGUGUGAGUCAUUUUAACAAUUCAUGUUUUUUUUGUAAUCUGGGACCUGAUAUUGUACUGGGGAUAGUUUACGCAUAUUUAAGGUUCAUGUUAUUUAAUCUGUUAUUUCUACACAGGAACAGAAAGGGAGGAUGGAUUUGGGAAAGGGGGUGGUGGGAGGGAGGGAAUGGGAGGGAGUGGGGGUGGAGAUAAAGAUGAUGUCACAUUGUCCAAAAGUGACAUUGUAAGUGGACGAGGCAUGCCAUAGCUUGAAGGACGUGCUUGGACUGAGAACAACACAGUAAAGCUUCUGAUAACUGGACUGAUACCUUUGGGCACUUACCUUUUCUGUUCAAUUAAACCUAGGACAACAAAAGAGCAACAAUAUUUACACAAACACAAAAAGCAAAGAUGGCAUAGAUCAAGCUAUUAUUAUGAUAUUAUAGAAUGCAACUAUAGCACAAUUAAAAUCCUGUCUGCUGUCCAUCUUUGCAGGGUGCUACGACAGUGUCAUGUACUUCAUCAUAUUUUUGAGUAGUUUAUUUAAUAUUGUGUGUGGACCAAACAUCAGUCUCAACAUAGAAACGGAUAAAAAAGGAGAAGCCAACCAUUAGCAUUGUUUAGUUUUCUUUUUUUACUAUGAAUAUGUAGAAUGUGAGUAUCUAGAAUUGUAUUUCUGUUUAUGGAUGUCUUUUGAUAUAGAAAUAUUGUUUAAUUUUCUGCGCUACGCUAUCCCAGAGUUCUGUGUUCAGUCACAGGGCUAAAGUGUUGAAACUAACCCCAGAAACAUACAAAUAAGGAAACCAAAAUACAAAAUGUUGCACUAAACACUGUGUUUAUGUCAGAAGACUUACAGUGGCCUAGAAGGGACAAGGUUAACAGCAUUUAGUCCUCAGCAGCAACACAAAAUGCCUGGCAAUAGUUGUCUUACUGAGUAGUAUUGUGACAUGCAGACCUGCAGUAUAAUAUGUACGUUAGACACUAGUUGCUGUGCCUCUAUGUACAGCUUAGCCUUUAGUGUAGAAACACAAGGCAUGCCUCUGAGCUUUUAUACACAGCAGAAAGCCAAAAGCAACACUUGCAGUGUAAAUCCCAAUUUCUUCUAAAUAUUUUUUGGUGUGCUAUUUUUGACACAAAUAGUUUCUUAGAGUGAACGAGUAGACCCAGUGAUAUCUGUGAAACUGGUUGUUUGAGCAGUGACAGGCUGUUAGCUAUCUAACGAUGCCACGUUAGUCUGCAUGGCUAAGCUAAGCUCAGGCCAACAGCUCAGGCAUAUAUAUUUAUCUGCAUGAACACAGAGCCUGCAAUACCCUCGCACACCACUAGCAGUGCAGCCGACUCUAGACUAGCCCAGCGAAUUGGCCAGAUAAUCAUCCCAUUUAAAAACACCAUUGGUUCCUGCAGGUACAGUAGGUUAUAAGAGACUCCCAUGUAAGAACAACACACUGUGAAGGGCUGACAUACACUAGCACAAGAGCUUACAGCACUCAACGCUAGCUGGCUCCAAGAGAAUGUUAGGUCAUUCCUGGAGUGUUAGGUUAGCUAUACUUGGCUCAACCUUACAUAGUUAGCUUAUUGUUGAGUUAGCUAGACUUGGCUCUACCGUGUCCUAUCACAACCGUACUCAGAGGUGAGUACAGGAACGCCAGUGGAAGGAGCAAAAAACAUUGACCGUUAUCACAAAGACCUGCUGGACAGACACAUAUUUAUAUUGAAAUUAGCCUCAGAAAUUAUGUUAGUAAGAAAAAUAUGUAUCUUACUUGUUUCCCCAGUCAGCAAAGCACAGUGAUUAACAAUGUUGAAACAGGAAUCAUGAGCCACAACGAUGAUGAUGAACACACGAGCGCUUCUGUCAGAGAACUUUACAAAUCUGUCAGAAAGCAUCACCAAUGCUUUUCUUCAACUGUAGUAACAUGCCCAUUGUGAACCUUUACUAACAAAACCCUUUUGGCUGGUUCAAGAACUGUCCAUGAUUUAUUUUAAGAAUUAACUACGUAAUGUAUCAAUUAAUUCAAAAGUUUAAGAAAAAAACUACAACCAGGCAGUCAUUUCUAUCCCUACACUGUUUUGUGUAUGUACAACAUUACUCAGUUGCAGUAUUGUUUGUAACUAUGUUAGGAACUUUUUGGACCCAAAGUCAAGAGGAAAAUAAAACAAUUAAAAUAA